AUGCCGAAUCUUCUGUCUAUACUGAUAAGUCUGGUAGCUUUUCACACAUCGACCAUCGCUGCACCUAAUCAGAAUAAACACUCGGUCAUAAAUGAAAACCUUGAAGAUGUCUCUGCAUUCGAUAAUCCAUUUGAACUAUCGGAUAGCAGUAACAAUGAUCCUUCUUCAAUAAUCGAACGUGAAAAACGAUUUUUUGAUAAUAUUUUCCCAACAAUUGAUUUAGUUAAUCGAAGACAACACCAAUAUCAAAGUUAUGAUGGAUAUACGAAUUCAGAAUACAAUAGAAAUACUGGCGUAAGCGGUGGAGGCUUGGAAUCAUUCUUGAGAAACCCUUACGAUCUCUGGCUAGACUUGUUAUCUAAUCGACGAUCUCCGCCUAUUGUUCUUCCAAUUUUCAUUCAACCAGUUACAUGUGUAUGUCCUGGAGUAAACUCUAAUUCGCCGCCGGCUAAAGAGAAAGAACCAGUACCGCCUUCCACUAAUGGACCGCCAAGUGACGGUGAUAAUCAACCAGAUUUAACGAACAGGUUCAAUCCUGUAUCAGAUGAAGAUGAUGAUGGAAGAAGGCCUCUUUCCUUCAAGCCAAUUCAACCUAAACAGCCACCGAGUCAAACACCACCACCCUUUGAACAUGGCAGUGUCCAAGAAGGUAUUGAACCGCCAUCCGCAAACAGCCCUUUUUCAGAAUCUGAACUAGCCACACCUCAAUCGGAUUUAUCAGCUUCAUCACAACCAGAAUCACCAGUCGCAAUGCCGAGUAUCUGCGACGGGGCUAUAAUAUCUUGCUGCUUUCAAAGGAAUAUAGAAAACUGUUUUGAACGUCAGGGUUGUGGAGAAUCUGAUUACAGUGACCCAUGCCAUCCGCCUGUCGUUUUAAAAGUCAUAGAAAAGUUUCAAAGUUAUUAUAAACAAAAAGGAAUUGUAAAGACAUUCUAUUAG